AUGUGUACUAUUAUUAUUACAGGUGUAGUUCAUCAACUUGCAAUAGAGUUCGACACGUACAAGAAUGAAUUCGACCCGGAUGAUAACCACAUCGCAAUUGACACCGUAAGCGUACAAAACCCGGUUGCGGUGAAGAGCCUCAACAGCACCGGAAUAUAUCUCAAGACGGGUAGAGAAAUAACGGUUCGCGUCGAAUAUGAUGGGUGGACCAAGAAUCUUCAGAUUUAUGUCUGGUAUAAUGGGGAUCCACUAGUGAGCUUUCUCAAUCAUACAAUGAAGUUGUGGCAUACAAUUCCUAGCUCUGUUUACGUGGGCUUCACAGCCGCCACAGGUGGAUCCGCAAGGGCAGAUUCCAUUGUAGGGAACCUUCUAACUUCUAAAGAGUUGUUGUAG